ACUUGUGUGAUUUGACUUUCAGUCAUGUCAUUGAUUUGCCUGUUGCUCUUUUGUUCUUUUUCAGGUGGAGAAAGCAGUAAAAUCCCAAGGAGCCAGUAACAGCAUUCUUAAAAAGUCCAAGACAGUUUUUACAAAUAUUGACAAUGAAGAAGUAAUAGAUGUUGAUGAAAGUAACACUAGUUUUGAUAUCAUCGAUAGUGGUAGUGAUAAUGGUGAUGAUGACGAGGUUGAUGAGGAUGAGUUUGGUUGUGAUGAUGUUGCUGAGGACCCUAUAGGAAGUUUUUCUGACUUAAAUCGAGAUGGCUUUGGUGAAAUUAAUCGUGGAACAAAACUUGAUAUCUCUGAACAGAAGGAAAGUUCUUUGUCAAGCAAGAUGGGCCUUUUCAAUGGAGAAAUGGUGGAACACUCAAAUGGAUCAGAAAUCAGUGAGGUGUACCAAACUGAGAAAUUCAGUUCUCAUAACAAGAGAGAGCAUAGUAGUAAUGACGAUAAUGGGCAUACUGGUAGCAGUGAUAAUGAUGAUGAUGAUGAGGAGGAGGAGGGUGAUAGUAAUGAUAAUGACAGUUAUGCUUAUAAUGAUUUACAACACAGAUCUGUUGAAGGAGAGACACACGCUGUGAAAUCUGACUCUGAGAGUGACUCAUCAGUAGAAUUAACCAGACCCAGGUUCAGGAGGACCCACAAAAGUAAUUUCAUUGACGUUAUCAGUAUUUCAGAUAGUCCUGUGCAAAGCAGGGAUGUUCCCUAUAUCGCACAAUCUUCUAGGAAUGUCGUCAAAGACAUCAGUAUCUCUCUAGAUAGUCCGGUAAAGACCAGUGAGGUGUCCAGUGUUGAGAAAUCUUGUUCUCAUAGCAACAGUGAAGAGUACUUUGACAAUUUAAAUGACAGUAAAGGAGAUGAUGACAUCUGCAGUGUCAAUGAUAAGUGUUUUGACGAUAGCUAUGAAAUUCAACAAGAGCCAGACCGUUUAACACCCCUGUUGGUUAACUCCCAUGAAGUAGAUGGUGAUGAUGAAAGUAACUUAUCAAGAGAAUCAACCAGCCCUAAGUCCAGCAGGAAUGAUCAGAGCAAUGACAACUUUGAAGGCAUCAUUAUUUCUAGUCUUAUAAAUCCAAACAAGAUGCCCAGUGUUGCAGAAUAUCAUUCAACACCCCUCUUGGUUAACUUCAAUGAAAGAGAUGGUAACAGUGAGAGUGACCUGUCCACAGAAUUGUCCAGCCCCAAAUCCAGCAAUAACAUCAUUGAGAAUAUCGACAUUGCUGACAGUCCUGUAAAGACCAGAGACGUGUCCCUUAGUGAGGAAUUGGGUUCCCAUAGUUACAAUGAAGAGUACUGUGACAAUGGAAAUGGUAACAAUGAACAUGAUGACGCUGACAAUGAUGAUGACGACGAUGCUAAUGAAGAUGUUAGGAACAAGGGUACUGAACAAGAUCUACACCAUUUAGCGUCGCUCUUGGUUAAGUCCAAUGAAAUAGAUGGUGGUAGUGGAGGUGACGUAUCGACAGACUUAAUCCACCCUCCUAAGUCUAGGAGUGAUUACAGUAACACAUGUAUCAUGAUUGAAGAUGUUAGUGUUUCAGACAGUCCUGUAAAGACUGGUGAAGUGUCCACUGUUGAGGAGUCUUAUUCUCACAAUAAUAGCAAAAGGUGCUCUGAUGAUGAAGACAACAAUGCUGGACAUGAUGGCAUUGAUGAUGAUUAUGAGAAUGAAGACAAUGUUUUUGAAGAUAUCGAGGAUAAUGAAGCAAAGUCACACCAUUUGGCAUCCCUCUUGAUUAACUCCCAUGAAGUACAUGGUGACGAUGAAAGCAACUUAUCAACAGAAUCAACCAGACCCAAGUCUAGCAUGAAUGAUGACAGCAGUAAUGGAAUUGAAGAUGCCUCAUUUCCUGAUAGCUCGUUAAAAUCUAUGCACAGCUUAAGUGCAAGGCUCUUCAAGAAAUAUAAUCCAGAGAAGAGUGAAAGCGACAUGGAUGACUUUGAACUUUUCUUGCAGAAAAUUAGGACUCCUAAACCAUCAGAGUUGUAUGAUGGAAGGAAAAAAAGAGAAGAAAGCACAAAUGAGUUUAUUGUGGCUGAUGAUGAUGAUGAUGAUGAUGAAGAUCAGGAAGAUGACAUGUUUUUUGAUCCUGGGUUCACCCCAGAACUGGAGGAAAUAUCUGAUGAUGGCAAGGAAAAUGAAGACAUUGAGAUAGCAACUCCAGCCACAAGUUCUACCCUUUUUAAGACACCUACUUCAAGUAAGAUUUUUUUUUAUUUAUUUACUCUGUACAUAUUACAUUACAAUCACAGAAUACUUACAUUACAAAGCUUACAAUUUACAACACAGUACUAAAAUCGACUUAUAAUUUGCUACAUUCCUAGUUAACAAUUAUCACUUGCAAAAUGUUAUUUUACAUUAACUUCUUACAGUACGCCAUAUUACUUCCAGACUUUACUCACUACAUACGACAUAACCUACUUACAAAACGUU